CGCCAUGUCAUCGGAUCAGCAGCUGUGCUCGAAGAUAUGAAGGCAUCUUGGCAACUUCUCCCGCCCAUCUCGACACCAUCGAUGCAGUCCGCGUCUUGCUGCCGUUCCAUCAUCCACCGUGGUUAGCACCCAUGCCACCUCGUCCGCCCAUCCCCCCACCUUCUCUAGAAACAUGCUCGUCUUCGAACCCCGACCUCGAUACGGAUGGGAUUCUCGGAUCCGAUGACGAGCUGGAUGACGUGGCGCGUGCCGCCCAACGAUCGAGGAUCGAGAAACUCGCGGGGAGUUAUGCUCAGGGCGCCCCGGUCUAUAUUCUAUCUGCUUCACUCCGAGGACCGUUCGAGGAUGGGUGGGUGAAUCCAUGGAAGAAGAACAGACGGAGGGACUAUACAAAAGGGCGCUCGGGUCGGGCGAAGAAAAAGAGGGCGACAUCACCGAGUCCAGUGGUGCAGGAGACAAAUUCACGAAAGAGAAGGCCGUACCACGAUUCGGAGAUUCGGGAGGCGAGGAGAUCGGCUGCCAGUCCCUCCUCCAGCGUUGGCUUAUCGAUUGGCAAAUUCGAUCCAAGGGCCGACUCCCAACGUCGACCCUCUAACAAGUCUCUCGGAAACAAGCGUGGUCUAUCAGCGGUGUCGCCAAAUACUCCGAGACGAAUCCCUUCGUCGAUAGUGGGGUCCGAUGUACCUUCGCAGCACUCGGCUCCCUCCAGGCCCACAGAUCAUAGGUGGCUUAAAAAGGACCACGUCCGAAUUGGGUUCAGCCAGGUUGACCCACCUACCUCCCCUACUACAUCCAUCUCCUCUCGUCUGGCCGAAACGCGGAGUCGUAUGACUGAGGGUUCUUCCAAGAAGCGAAAGUCCCAUCCUUCGAACGACCAGGGCCCGAGCAAAAGCAAUGAAUUGAAGCGACCAUUCGAGCGUGGCAACUACACACCCGGCCGUAAUGUCGACGAUCGGUUACGGGUCGACGCAAGAUCCUCGUCCCCCGGGAAGCAUCUCUGUCCACCGACCGUGGUAGAGAGACUUGCCGAAGCUUCUCACCGAGAUCCGUCGUUCCACGUACUAUCUUCUUCAUCCCAGCUGCCGAAGUUCGAAUACCGUCGAAGGAGGCAUCUUUUGCCCGACGGAGAGGCGCACUUUAGACCUCCACCCACGGCUGUAGCGAAUGAGAGGAGCCCCGCCGAUUCAGUUGCCUCUCACGACACGGAAAUUGCAGACAAUGAUUUGGAAGUGCCCCGAGAAUCGCCCUCAACAAAUAUGGUCGAGAAUGGACCGCCAAAAUACACACAAAACCCUCGAGCGUCCUUCACAACCAGCAAUACUUCCAACACUCUCCGUGAUGCGUCUGAGCCGCAUUCAGAGGACCAGACUAGUGGAUUACACACCAAGGGAAAUACAAGUGAGAAGCUGCCUUCGGCCCAAAAGGUUCAAGAAAACCCAACCAUAACGGAUUAUACCACCUCUCUACGUUCGAUCGCUAUACAAAAGUCCAAUUGGGAACAUAAUGGAGAUGCAGAUAGUACCUUUGAUCCACCGUUUUCAACACAAGCGGCUCUUCGACUCGCUCAGAAGUCGUUCCAGAAUGACCUUGACACACCGAAUCGCAUUCCUGCAAUAUCGGAUCACACCGAACCCACGUCGCGCUCACUCGGCCCUGGAUCAGCUGGAUCAAAGAACAUUACCCCUUUUCACCAAAUGACUGCGCCUGCCACAGAUGACGGGCCCAAAUCCGCACCGGGAACAACCGCACAUCAGAUGAUGAGCACCCAGCACAUCAUCGACGCCGUGACGCCGUUCACCUUUAGCGCGGAGAAGAAGAUCCAAUUUCUCACUGCAUCCUCCUAUAAGGAAAGCCCCAGGAGUCACCAAAGAGAUAGCCAGCGCCCGUCGUCGCCUACAUCUCCAACCCCCUGUGAACAUAACCGGGAACCUUCUACUUCUAGAGGCGAGAGGAGUUCUGUACAUAAUGAGUCUCCCCAACAACCAAGCAUUCCAAUCGAGAUGCAGAGCGCCCUUGCCAUGACCUUAUCCGGGACUACACCACCCACAGCACAGGACGGACAAGGCGCAGCGGACAGUUUCAACUUGAGCCAGGCGAUCGCGGAAGCUGGGAGCUGGUUGCAACACAGUUUCGACUUGAACCGGGACAUCAUGGCAAUGAGGCAUUCUAAACCCGGGUCUUCUGCGAAGACGGCGAGGUCUGCCGCUGUGAGUUUCGAUACCACGAAAUAAAACCCAUUUUAUCUGGCAGGAAAAGCC